CUAGAUGAAGCACUAGCUAAUUGGGUUUUGCAAUGUCAGGCCAAAAGAAUUCAUCUAACUGAGAAAUUGAUAUAUGAAAAAGGAAAAAAAUUUGCUACACAACUUGGUCUUAAUCUUCAAGAUCGUAACACACCUAAUUUUUCAGUUGGUUGGCUACUCUUAUUUGAGCAAUGUUAUGGCUUUAAAAUGUACAAGAUAUAUGAAGAAAGCAGGUCAGCUGACAAUGAGGCAAUUGAAAAAAGUCUACCUAAACUUCAUGCAACUAUUAUUGGAGAUGCAGACCUUACCAAUAUAAAGGUUGUUACUUUACCUCCAAGAACAACCUCAAAACUUCAACUAAUAGACACAGACAUUAUUGCCAUCUUUAAACACCAUUAUCGUUGUUUCUUAUUACAACAUGCUAUUGAUCGUGAUGAGGCUGAGGAAUCUGAUAUAUAUAAAGUUGAACAACUAAAGGCAAUGCAAUAG